AUGUCGCACCACUGCCACGACGAACACGACGACCACCACCACCACCAUGUGGGCGGGGCAGAGCACGACCACUCUGACGACAUCACGCCCGCCGUGCAGUUCUCGCUGUACCAGCAAAUCAACUUUGACGAGAUCACCACGCUGAACGAGCAGGUGCACGGCUCCGGCAAGGCCAUCCUCAAGAAGACGUGGGCGGAGAGAUUGGAGACGGAGCCCGAGGUGGUGAGCGAUGCUGAUGAACAGCUGAUUAUUAACGUUCCUUUCACAGCCCAAAUAAAACUCCACUCCAUCCUCCUGCGCACCUCCCCCUCCCCUUCGGCCCCGCGAACCCUCCGCCUGCUCGCCAACGCCGACAUCCACGAUUUCUCCCAAGCCGAAGACUCCGCCGCAACCCAAGAGUUCGAGCUUUCCCAGACCUCGGAGAUCCAGGAAUUGCCCGUCAAGCGAGCGCGGUUCAACGCCGUCCAACGGUUGUGCCUGUUCUUCCCGGAUAAUUUUUCCCAGGGAGAAGAAGACGAGACGAGGAUUAGUUAUGUCGGGUUCAAGGGGGAGUGGAUGACAAGGGGACAGGCGCCAAAGAAUAUCGUUUAUGAGGCAGCGGCUAGGCCGACGGAUCACGCUGUGAAGGGAACGGAUGUUAGGGGGGUUGGACGUACUAAUCAGGGACAGUGA